UUGGGCGUUUGUCGAUGUCACAGUUGGAUAGCUUAGCGUGCAAGAUAAGCAAUUUGAGUCAGCUAAGGCAGUUUCAUGCGCAGCUCAUUCAAAAUUCCCUCCACCACCAUAGCCAAUGGGCGUCACUGCUCAUCUCCCAAUGCACACGCCUCCGUGCGCCGCCACCCUAUACCCGUCUCAUCUUCGAUUCCACACCUCGCCCCGAUAUCCAUGUCUUCAUCUCUAUGCUCAAAUAUUACUCCAAUUUGGGCAGUGCCCAUUUUAAUCAAGUUGUUACUCUGUAUCAAAAGCUGCAGUGUUGUGACUUAAGGAUCGGUACCUUUGUGUACCCUGUCUUGAUCAAAUCUGCCGGCAGUAAAGGAAUUGAGUUCCAUGCCCAUGUCCUGAAAUUGGGUCUUGCUUCUGAUCCCUACAUUCGCAAUGCCAUCAUGGGUUUGUAUGCAAAAUAUGGCCCGGUUGAGAACGCCAGAGAUGUGUUUGCUGAAAUGCAUGAGAGAACUCUUGCAGAUUGGAAUAAUAUGAUCUUUGGGUACUGGAACUGGGGGAAUAAAGCUGAAGCGUGCAGACUCUUUGAUAUGAUGCCCGAGAGGAAUGUUGUCACUUGGACUGCUAUGGUUACUGGGUAUGCUAGGAUGAAGGAUUUGGAGAAUGCAAGGAGGUAUUUUGAUGAAAUUCCAGAGAAAAAUGUUGUAUCCUGGAAUGCAAUGCUCUCCGCUUAUGCUCAGAACAGAUUUCCAGAGGAGGCUUUAAAAUUGUUUGAUGAUAUGAUGAACUCCAGGGAUCAACCAAAUGAAACUACUUGGGCAAUUGUCAUUUCAGCAUGUUCGUCAUGUGGUGAUUGCUCCCUUGCUGAUUCAUUUGUUCAAAAGCUCAACCAGAAGCGGAUACAUUUAAGUUAUUUUGCCAAGACAGCGCUGCUUGAUAUGUAUGCAAAGCGUGGGAGCCUCCAGGCUGCUAGACAAGUUUUUGAUGAAUUGGGGGUGUCUAGGAACACUGUUACCUGGAAUGCCAUGAUAUCAGCUUAUACAAGGGUUGGGGAUUUGGCUUCAGCUAGAGAGCUCUUUGAUAAGAUGCUAGAAAGGGAUGUUGUCACAUGGAACUCGAUGAUUUCUGGUUAUGCUCAAAAUGGGCAGUCAGCUCUUGCAAUUGAUCUCUUUAAAGAUAUGAUUACUGCUGCUGAUGAUCCCAAACCAGAUGAGGUAACUAUGGUGAGUGUCAUCUCCGCAUGUGGACAUCUUGGAGCCUUAGACAUAGGAAAUUGGGUUAUCAGUAUUGUCAGGAAAAAUCAUAUUAAGCUAAGCAUAUCAGGAUACAAUUCUUUGAUAUUCUUGUACUCCAAGUGUGGAAGCAUGGAUGAUGCCAAGAGGACAUUCCAAGAAAUGACAACAAGAGAUGUGGUUUCCUACAACACAUUGAUUGCAGGGUUUGCAGCUCAUGGUCAUGGAAUGGAAGCUGUCAAACUACUGUCGAAGAUGAAAGGAGAAUUUGUUGAACCGGACCGUGUAACAUAUAUUGUUAUUCUUACGGCAUGUAGCCAUGCAGGGAUGUUAGAAGAAGGUUGGAAGGUUUUUGAGUCAAUCAAAGCUCCUGAUGCCGAUCAUUAUGCCUGUGUGAUUGAUUUGUUAGGUCGAGUGGGUAAACUAGAUGAAGCAAAAAAAAUUAUCGAUGACAUGCCGAAGGAGCCACAUGCUGGGGUUUAUGGGUCUCUUUUAAAUGCUAGCCGAAUUCACAAAAGAAUCGAUCUUGGGGAGUUUGCUGCAAGCACGCUCUUUGAGCUUGAACCACAUAAUUCAGGAAACUACAUUUUACUUUCAAACAUAUAUGCCUCAGCAGGCAGGUGGGAUGAUGUGGUGAGAGUUAGAGAAUUAAUGAGAAAAGUAGGGGUGAAAAAGGCAACUGGGUGGAGUUGGGUUGAAUACAAAGGUAAGUUGCACAAGUUCAUUGUGGGAGACAGAUCACAUGAGCGGUCAGACGAUGUUUAUAGGCUAUUGGCGGAAUUAGGGAGGAAAAUGCGAAAUUCUGGGUACAUGGCUGAUAAGACCUGUGUGCUAAGAGAUGUUGAGGAGGAGGAGAAAGAAGAGAUGGUGGGUACUCACAGUGAAAAGUUAGCAGUUUGCUUCGCUCUUCUGGUUACUGAUGCAGAGGCAGUGAUUAGGGUAGUGAAGAAUCUGAGGGUGUGCUGGGAUUGCCAUACAGCUAUGAAGAUGAUAUCUAACUUGGAGGGAAGGAAAAUUAUUUUGAGGGAUAAUAACAGGUUUCACUGCUUCAGUGAUGGGAUAUGUUCUUGCGGAGACUAUUGGUAACCUGUACCAAUAAACUUGCCAUUUUCAUGCUAAUGAGGACACACCUAAUGGCUUAAUGAUGCUCUUGCAACAUCAAGUAACAACAGCUUACAAGGUUAAGUGAAUAUAUGUUGAAGAAGGAAGGUAUCCGUGAGGUUGUAGCUCACAUAUGACUAGAGGACGAGCUUAUGUUUGGCUCAGGUAGCAAUGCUGCAUCAACCUCGUCUUCACUUCCAGGGAAUCAAGAUGUCAGGUUGAGAAGAAGCUUGAUCGGGGACUUGUUUAAACACCAGGUAGUAGAAAUACUAUAUUAAAUUCCUCCACUUUCAACCCAAGGCCAAAGUAAGAAUUUACUAUAGAAUAUUAGCUGAUUUUAAUGAUUUGAAUAUUAUU